AUGGCUUCCCCGCGUCUGGCCACUUUCUGCUGCCCCACGCGGGACGCGGCCACGCAGCUGCUGCUGAGCUUCCAGCCGAGGGCCGUCCAUGCACUUUGCCUGGGCAGCGGUGCCCUCCGCCUGGUGCUUGGCCUCCUGCAGCUGCGGGCCCUGCGUCGGCCCACGCGCCCGGCGGCCUCCGUGCCCGGCUCCGCCUCGGGCCCGCCGGCCUCUGCUCCAAUCCUGCGCGCUGCCAUCGCCUGCGACCUGCUCGGCUGCCUGGGCCUUGUGCUGCGCUCUGGGGUGUGGCUGACCUUCCCUGGUUUCGUGGCCCACAUCUCAGCAGGGAACGGCACAGAAGUUUGGCCUGCAGCUUUCUGUGUGGGGACUGCAGUAAGAAGGUUGAGAACUGCUGGGCUAACCACUAUCCUGCUCUACCGCAUGAUGGCCUGGGGGCUGGCUGCCCUGCUCUGCGUGGAGGGAGGCCUGCUGCUCUACUUUCCAUCUGUGUCCAGGUGCGAGAAGGGACUGGAGCACGCCAUCCCGCACUAUGUCACCACAUACCUGCCACUGCUGCUCGUCUUGGUGGCCAACCCCAUCCUGUUCCAGAAGACAGUGGCUGCAGUAAUGCUGGUUUUGUUCAUCUGCUGGCUGUCGAACAUCAUCAAUGAAGGUCUUUUAUUUUACCUUGAAAUGCAGCCCAAUGUGAACAGCAGCUCCUUGAGAUAUGUCAGAAUUGCCGUGAAGACGACGUGGGUUGUCAUGAGCAUGCUGAACCCAGCCCAGGGGUUCCUCCUGUCCCUGGCCUUCUAUGGCUGGGCGGGGUGCGGCCUGGACCUGCGGGCGCCCAGGAAGGAGCUGCAGUGGGAGUCGCUGACGAGCCCGGAAGCUGAGAGGACUUGUGUCUCCCCAGUGGAUUCUGGGGAACUCUAUGAAGAUCACGGGACCAGGAAGACGGCUCAGGGCUUUGGCCACCCAUCCGACGAGGCUCUGAGCCUACUGUCUGAAGGUUCCGAGGCGAGCAUGAUGGAGACCUGUACAUCCAGUGGGGCCCCCCAUAGGCUUGAGGCUCAGCCUGCUCCUGGAGUCCAUGGGGACCUGUGA